GUUGAUCAUUCUUUUGCCCCAGCACAGAAGUGCAGGCCGUUAUUGGUGGGCUCAGCCCUAUGAUUGAACCUAUGGCAGAGAGACAGCACAAUACAGGUUCCUUUGUGUGACUCUACCAUGGACCACAUCCUCUGUUGCUUGCUGGUCCUGGGAAUCGCAGUGAUGAGGGCCCAUGCAUGUCCCAAGUACUGUGUCUGCCAGAACCUGUCAGAGUCUCUAGGGACCCUGUGUCCCUCCAAAGGCCUUUUGUUCGUGCCUCCGGAUAUCGACCGUGGCACCGUGGAGCUCCGCCUGGGGGGGAACUACAUCAUCCGAAUCACCCAGCAGGACUUUGCCAACAUGACGGACCUGGUGGAUUUGACCUUGUCCCGAAACACCAUCAGCUACAUCCAACCCUUCUCCUUUGGAGACCUAGAGACACUGCGCUCGCUCCACCUGGACAAUAACAGGUUAAUGGAGCUGGGCCCAGAUGACCUGCGGGGUCUGGUCAACCUGCAGCACCUCAUCGUCAACAACAACCAGCUGGGCCGCGUCUCUGACCGGACAUUCGAGGACCUGGCCCCUUCCUUGGAGGACCUAGAUCUGUCCUACAACAACCUGAGGUCCCUGCCCUGGGAAUCGGUGCGCCAGAUGGUCAACCUGCACCAGCUCAGUCUGGACCACAACCUGCUGGACUUCAUCCCAGAGGGGACCUUCACUGACCUGGAAAGGCUGGCUCGCCUGGACCUCACCUCCAACCGGCUCCAGAAGUUACCCCCGGACCCCAUCUUUGCCCGGGCCCAGGACUCAGUUCUCAUGACCACUCCGUAUGCCCCCCAACUGUCCCUCAGCCUGGGGGGGAACCCCCUGCACUGUAACUGUGAGGUGCUGUGGCUGCGGAGACUGGAGCGAGAUGACGACUUGGAGACCUGCGCUUCCCCUCCCAGCCUGAAGGGGCGCUACUUCUGGUACGUGAGGGAGGAGGAGUUUGUGUGCGAGCCACCUCUCAUCACCCAGCACACCCACAGAAUGCUGGUUCUGGAGGGCCAGACAGCCAGCCUGAGAUGCGAGGCCAUUGGAGAUCCCAUCCCCACCAUCCACUGGAUCUCCCCAGACGACCGGUUGCUUGGCAACUCUUCCCGUACGGAGGUGUAUAAAAACGGAACCCUGAGCAUCCUGAUUACCACAUCCAAGGACUACGGCACCUUCACCUGCAUUGCCGCCAAUGUCGCUGGGGAAUCAACUGCUUCAGUGGAGGUGUCAAUCAUCCAGCUUCCCCACCUCAGCAAUGGGACCGGCCAGCCCUCGCAGCCAAAGUCUCGCCUUUCGGACAUCACCGGAACCACCAGGGUCAGCAAGCCUGCCAAGAGCCAGCCGGAGAGAGUCGUGUCCGCGUCUGAGGUGACGGCUGUCUCAGCCCUGGUCAGGUGGUCAGUGAGCAAAUCGGCCCCCAAAGUAAAGAUGUACCAGCUCCAGUACAACUGCUCCGAUGACGAAGUCCUCAUCUACAGGAUGAUCCCGGCUUCCAGCAAAGCCUUUCUGGUAACAAACCUAGUCUCAGGGACCCGCUACGACCUGUGUGUUCUGGCUGCCUGGGAUGACACGGCCACCACGCUGACUGCCACCAACGUGGUUGGCUGCACCGAGUUCUUCACCCAGGAUGACUACCCCCAGUGCCAGUCCCUGCCCAGCCAGCUCCUGGGGGGAACCAUGAUCCUGGUGGUGGGGGGUAUCAUUGUAGCCACCCUGUUGGUCUUCAUUGUCAUCUUGAUGGUUCGUUACAAGGCAGGGGACAGCGAGCCACCUCCAAGCAAGCUGACAAGUGUCAGCGACACACACUCCCAGACUAACGGUGGCCGGCUGGGGCAGAACGGAGUACCCCUGCCCUUGCCCAAACCCAAGGCCAAAGUGACACUACAGGACGAGGUGGUGGAGUUCAAGUGUGGCUCCCUCCAGAGCAGCCUCACCUCCUCCUCCUCGUCAGGCUCGCUAGCUGGGGACUCUUACAGCCCCAACACCACCCUGGCUAACAUGUGGAGGUCAGCAGCCCCCUCCAACCCCAGGGCCAACCUGGACCACCUUCUGGGGGCCUUCACCUCUCUAGAGUUGCGAGGGACUCAGGGCAAGGACCUAGGGGCCUCCGGCAGCCCAGCACUGGAGGCCAAUAGGCCCCCCACAGACAAGGAGCCCUUGCUGGGCCGGACAAUGGACUCCCGGCUGAGCCGGCUCCUAAUGCUGCCCCUGGACUCCAGGCCGAAGAGGAGCCAGUCUUUUGAUAUGGGGGAUGCAACGAGUUCCUCAACUGCUGUCACGGCGCCAGUGAGUAGCUACCCACGCAGGAUCAGCAGCAUCUGGACUAAGAGGAGCCUGUCUGUCAAUGGCAUGCUUCUGCAGUGUGACGAGGAGGGAGACAGCGAAAGUAGCAAAGGGACCGUGGACAGUUCCGAGUGGGUCAUGGAGAGUACUGUCUAGGAAACAUGAUGCUUUUGGCAUCUUGUCAAACACUGCGCGGAAGACUGGCAGCAAGCCCUGUUCUUAUAGACCCACUGGUAAAAGGAGAACUCCCUCCAGGUCCUGCAUGAAAAUCAUUCAUGUUAAUCCUCUUGACCCUCCAUUGUUGUGGCAAAAAAACAAACAGUUGAAGCUCUAUCACAGCCAGGUCAGUUUCUGGACCAACGACCCUGUGGAUAGGACAGACCUGUGAAGUGACAGUGGUCUGUGUAUUGAUGAGUACUGUAAAGGUCAAACUGAAGGAAGGAAUAUUCAGACAGGACUAAACAUUGUGGUCAGUGAGUUGUACCAAGGACUGACUUAUUCUGAGACAUUUUUAAGACAUUGUUAAAGAAGCUGUUGUUUCCUAAUCACACGAACAUCAUGCAUUUCACCAUGUUUGGUGACAACAAUAAAG